AUGUCCCUGACAGGGUGGGGUAGAGACACAGGUAUGGGGAAUUUGGAGAGGGACUUGGCCCCUGGAGCCCUUCUUUUCAUUCAGACCUGGAUUCCUCCAGGAUCUGGGGUCUCCUGGGGCCCCUACUCUGGAGAUGGUGAGGAGGCAUACUCGGCUGAGCCUCUGCCAGAGCCCUGCUACAAGGCUGAUGUUCAAGCUUUCAGUAGGGCGUUCCAACCCAGUGUGUCCCUGACAGUGGCAGCACUGGGGCUGGCAGGCAAUGGCCUGGUCCUGGCCACCCACCUGGCCACCCGACGUGCUGCCCGCUCGCCCACUUCUGCCCACCUGCUCCAGCUGGCCAUGGCCGACUUUCUGUUGGCCCUAACCUUGCCCUUUGCUGCAGCUGGGGCUCUGCAGGGCUGGAGUCUAGGGAGCGUCACCUGCCGUGCCAUCUCAGGCCUCUACUCGGCCUCCUUCCACGCUGGCUUCUUUUUCCUGGCCUGCAUCAGCGCCGACCGCUACGUGGCCAUUGCACGGGCCCUCCCAGCUGGGUCGAGUCCCUCCGCACCCGGCCGUGCACGCUUGGUGUCAGUCUUUGUGUGGCUCCUGUCACUGCUCCUAGCUCUGCCUGCCCUCCUCUUCAGCCAUGACGGGCAGCGGGAAGGUCUGCGACGCUGCCGUCUCGUCUUCCCUGAGGGCCUCACACAGACAAUGAAGGGGGCGAGCGCGGUGGCGCAGGUGGCCCUGGGCUUCGCUCUGCCGCUCAGCGUCAUGGUGGCCUGCUACGCGCUGCUGGGUCGCACCUUGCUGGCCGCCAGGGGGCCCGAGCGCCGGCGCGCGCUGCGCGUCGUGGUGGCUCUGGUAGCCGCCUUCGUGCUGCUGCAGCUGCCCUACAGCCUCGCCCUGUUGUUGGAUACGGCCGACUUACUGGCUGCCAGUGAGCGGAGCUGCCCCGCCAGCAAGCGCAAGGAUCUCGCACUGCUGGUGACCGGGGGCUUGGCCCUCGCCCGCUGUGGCCUCAACCCCGUGCUCUACGCCUUUCUGGGUCUGCGUUUCCGCCAGGAUCUGCGGAGACUGCUGCAGGGUGGGGGCUGCAACCCAGGGCCUCACUCCCGGGGCCGCUGCCCCCGCCGGCCCCGCCUUUCUUCCUGCUCUGCUCCCACCGAGUCCCAUAGCGUCUCCUUUAACCAGAGCUAGGGUGGCGAAUUAGAGGAGGGGGCAGGCUGGGGAAAUGAUGGGGGGAGGUGAUGGGAGAAGGGGAGUCUGCGAGAGAACUCUGGGAAAGAGGUAGGGACGUAAAGAAAUUACUUCUGUACCUUGUCACAUUAAGUCGAUAACAUGGAAAUAACCCAACAACUGUUACUAUUUUUGAAUCACCGACUUGUAACUGUGAUUUGUAACUGGGCAGAGCCCGUGUGUACCCUCACUGACCCACCCCAAUGAAAGGCGCUGAGAGUCCGGCUGGGGGAGCUGCAGAGCCUGC